GCAAAAGAAUAAAGUAGCAUGAAAACACCAGAAAGUAAAGUCUAUGUCCCUAAAAUUCAUAGUUCAGACUACAGUGCUUGAGCAAAUGUACUUAGUUACACAGCACCACUCCUAAUGACGACACCUACCUGCUUUAAAUCAUUUGUCCACACGAACUGUGUUUAUGAGGAACACUUUCAGUAUGAGGCUAGCCGUUUUAUUGUUAUUAAUUCAACGGUAUACGACUUACCAAAAGUUUUACCACCUGAAACAACAGGGUCUAAGACAGUUUGAAUUAACCAGUCGUACCUGAAGGCAGCACAGCUAUUAGUUAUUUUACAUUCCAAAAUGACGGACCCGACAACGUCGCCAGAGGAUCACUGGAAACAGACAGACGGCGCUUUCAGCGACAGCGGCUUUGACCCUAGUUUCUUUGCUGAAUCUGCCAGAAAGGGUUCAGUUGUGUCCAGGGCCAACAGCAUCGGCUCGACAAGUGCCUCUUCAGUACCAAAUACAGAUGAUGAAGACAGUGACUACAGACAUGAGACGUCUUAUAAGGAUUCGUAUAAAGAUCGACGGAGACAAGCGCACACACAGGCUGAGCAGAAGCGUAGGGAUGCUAUCAAGAAAGGCUACGAUGACCUCCAGUCCAUAGUGCCAACCUGCCAGCAACAGUCUGAAUUUGCAGUGGGAGCACAGAAGAUCAGCAAGGCCACUGUGCUACAGAAAACAAUCGACUACAUCCAUUUUCUUCAUAAAGAAAAGAAGAAGCAAGAGGAGGAAGUUUCUGUACUUAGGAAAGAAGUGAUGGCGCUGAAGAUUAUGAAAACGAACUAUGAGCACAUAGUGAAGGCUCAUCAGAACAACCCACAGCAGGGAGAGGAUCAGGUGUCAGACCAGGUCAAGUUCAACAUCUUUCAGAGCAUCAUGGACUCACUGUUCCAGUCUUUCAGCAAUUCUGUUUCGGUGAGCAGCUUUCAAGAACUCUCUGCCUGUGUUUUCAGCUGGAUUGAGGAGCACUGCAAGCCACAGACACUGAGGGACUUUGUUGUUAGGGUGCUCCGGCAGAUCAAUGGUCAGCUUUAUUGAUUGAGUGAAACCUCUGGACUUAACCUCCAGAAAUUGACUUUGAGCUUGUUCAGGCCACACACCACAGUAUUUACACUCACUUCAGCUCAUCAGUGACUCCUCGGUUGCAAUUGGAUAACCUGUCAGUACGGGCAGAGGUGAGAAGCUGCAUGUAUAAGAAGGAUCACUUUCUGAUUGUAUGUAGGAGAGUUAAGCAUUCGUCAGCCUCUGAUGACUGUUCAUAUUACUUACUAUUGUUCUAAUUAGAAAUUCACAAUAAACAUAACAGUUUGCCAGUGAAUAUAUGCAUUUAAUGCAUCAGGUAGAAAACAUAGUGUAGUAUGCACCCAGUUGUAGUCACUAGGCGAGUUUCCAUUAACCCUCAAAUUGCACAAAUUGAAAUUACGAAUGCAAAAUAUGUCUAAUGGAAACACAUCAUUUAAAAAAACCUGUUUAUUGCACAAAAAAUUCUAUGCUUACAUGAGGUGGUAUCUCAGGCGAUUCAAAAAGGCCAUAUUCCACAAAACUGCAAUGGAAACAUUUUUUUCACUUUUAUAGCUCAUAUGAUGUGCAACAUUGGGCAACAGCAAUGCGACUAUGGCUAAUAUGGCUUAAGUUUUGCACAAAUCUAUAAUGGAAACCCGCCUACUGUCUGCAGUAACAGGUGUUGCCCUUGAGAUACAUCAAAACUAAGACUACCACAGAUUUGGGUAAUUAAUUGCAUUUCUUCUGCACUCUAUAAUUCUAAUAAUUAACAUAAAUUUAGAGAAGCGUGAUGAGAAAUGUGGAAAAACUCUGAGCCCUCACCCUCACAUAUUUGCUGCCUAAUGCUGAUACAAAGGGCUCCUCUCAGCUUCAGUUCACAAAUACUGUGAGUCAGUCAUACCACUCUGAACCGUAGCAAUGUCAAACACUCUCCUACUAUACUACUGCAGGGUAACUGUCAUUUUCUCUAACUGUGCAACCAGGUAUAGCCUCUUUGGCACUAAAGCAUUUUAUUAUUGUUUAAAAACAAAAUGCCUUAGUUUUAAGGUUUUUAUUACAGCAGUGGCGUUAAGCCGCUAAAAUGUUAAAAUGACGUGUGUAGGCAGCAUUAAGAUUCAUGGAUUAUUAAUUAUAUACACUGACUUUUGACAAUAAUUGAGCCUUACCGCAUACUGUUUAAGUUCAGGCAGUUCAGUUGCUGUUGUACAUAUUCUAUGUUUUUUUGGGAGAUGUCAAAGACAAAGUGUUGAUUUUUAGGAACCUUUUGGAUUGCAGUUUACUAUACAAUAAGCUUAAAGGUUUAGUGUUUUAAGAUUUAGGUGGAUCUAUUAGCAGAAAUGGAAUUUAAUAUAAGUUUGUUUUCUACAAGGUAUGAUCACAUAAAAUAGAAAAAUGUGUUUGAUUGUUUAUAUCUCCAUACGGAGUGCGUCCUCUUCUAUGGAGUUUGCCAUGUCGUGUUGUUACUGGCUCAGAACGGACAAACACAGCACUGGCUGUAGAUGCAAUCUACAACCUCAGCUGCUAGAUGCCACUAAAUCUUACACACUAGACCUUUACAGUUCAGUGGUUUGAAUGCCAACAUGAUGGCUUUGGAUGUCUGAGUUCUAUGAUCAGUAACAGUUCAGUCCAAAAAGUGAAACAUUAUACACCACUAUAUGUAAAAAGUUGUGACUGUUCUGACUGAACCCUCCAUCAGUCACAUGUUCCUGGUGAGGGAUUUACAGCUGCUGUACUGAGUUCAAAAAGGUUUUCCUUCUUACAUUUUUAAACAUAUGAUACAAAGCUAAUUUUCAUUAAGACUUUUACAGUUUCCAGUGUCUGAAUAAGUAAAAUCUGUCAUACACAUGGCUAAUCUAUUUGAGUAGCUUUAUUGUUGUGGCUUUCGUCAAAGGGAAAUGUUAAUUUUCAAACCUGUCUUGUUGCUUCAAGUACUGUCUCUUUAUAGUUGUUUUGUAUAGCCAUCUACGGUAUAUCACCAUCCAAAGAGUGCCGUCAACCUACGUAAUGACAAUGAAUGCUUGUCCUGUUUGCAUUGCCCCAAGUGAAAUGGAAAUGAAGCACAGCAGAAAAGGACAAAUCAUAUUGCUGUGUUGUGGUUCCAUCUCUACAGCUAAUUAACCCUUGAAAAAAUAAUAUAAUAUUAUUUUAAGACGGUUGAGAAAGAACUUAAUUUGUUGGAAAAAUUAUGUUAUCACGAAAGCAACAAAAGUGACUCUUAUUAACAUUUAAUAAUUAAAAGCAAUACUGAGUGAAGAAGCAGUACAAAAGAUAAUUAACAAAGGGGAGGAAUAAAACAUGACAACCCCCCCUAAUACCUGAAGGAGAUAAAUUGCUGCCCAUUUGUUGUACAUUGUGGUUCUUUUAUACACAGUUUUCUAAAAACAUGUCAGCAAUAUGGACUUGAGGAUAUAUGAACAAAGAACCCAGCUCUCAAAGCUAUAAUGACUAGUUGUUGACAUAUUCAUCAAAGGCUCAGGGUUAGUUGUAUGGCUUUAAAAAGGGAAAGAAAAACCUAGGUUGCCUAUUAGGCCAUAAGCAUCUGACAGCGCUGUUGUCUAACAAUGUGACGUAGUGGUAGUGUCUUGCAUAUGACAUCUAUUUUUGUAUAAAUAUUUUCAGUUAAAGUGGAAAUUGUUUUUCCAUUCAACUUUUACUGAAGAUGUAUUAUUUGUUCAAGAGAAAUGAUUUGAAUAAAGAAUGCGCUGUGGCUCUGAUGAAAAAUCU